AUGGACCUUCGGAUCUCUCGCACAGGAGGGGAGGUGUGGGAUAUCCUGUCGAGCUUUUCCUUUGAGGUGAUGGCUGGCGUGGGCGUGGCUACGGAGAUCCCAUUAGGCUACUCACACUCAGUACAGCUCCACCAGUGGCAUGCAGCACAACGCGACCUGGGCCUGGUGCAGCUGCAGGAGCCCGUCUCCCACACGCUCAAGCCCGUGGCUCUGCCUGGUCUCCGAGACGUCCUCACACCCCAGGCUGAGUGCUGGGUCAUUGGAUGGGGUGAUGUAGAUGAGAACCACCAUUUGGGAGGUGAGAAGACGCUCCAGCAGCUCAGGCUCCCCCUAGUGGACGACAACACCUGCAGGCAAGCGUACCCAAAGACCAACGACAACCAGCUGUGUGCCGGAUACAUGGAGGGAGGCAAGGACGCCUGCCAGGGUGACUCUGGUGGCCCCCUGGUGUGUAUGUCGCGUGGGCAGUUUGUCCAGGUCGGGGUGGUGAGUUUUGGAAGUGGCUGUGCCCGGCGUGGCUACCCUGGGGUGUACACACGCGUGUAUAACUACAUGCAGUUCAUCGAGGACUCCAUUGGCACAUACAGCUGAACAACACCGCCCUCUAGUGGUGAUACAGGGAGGAGCGCUCCACCUCUGCCUGAUCUCUCUCUCUCCUCCUCUGCUGUCUCUCCUCCUGUCCCUCUGAUCAAUAAAGUCUCU